UCACGUGACACACCCAUAUCGUUUGUGAGGGGAAUUCCUACUGCUGUUGAGUUAAUUUACUUGUUUACAAUAUUCUAAAAAGUAUACAGUAUUAUAUUUAAUAAAACUAUAUGAUAGCCUGCGUUUUAAUGCAUUCGACAGUGGUGGUCUUGGGGUAUGUCGCCGCCUUUAUGACACCAGGACUGGGCUGUCUUCCAAAAGAAUAUGCAACAAGAGAUGGGCAGUGCUGUCCGAUGUGCCAAGCAGGUACAGUUGUUCGAAAAGACUGCACGCUACAGUUUGGCACACGGUGCAGCUCAUGUGUAAAUGGGACUUUUAUGAACAAACCCAACGGCCUGAGUAACUGUAUCCCCUGCAUCGUCUGUGACCAAGGUCAUGGUCUCUUUGUCAAACAGGAGUGCACAACAACAACAGACACAGUCUGUGAUGUUUUAAGUGGGUAUUUCUGCAAAGAGUUUAUGGAUGAUAUAGGAUGUAGUUUGGCACAAAAACAUACACAUUGUGCACCCGGUGAGAGGAUAAAAGAACCUGGAACCAGGAAAACUGACACCGUGUGUGAACAGUGUCAGCCAGGCUAUUUUUCAAAGGAUGGUGUGAAUUGCACCGAUUGGACUAUUUGCUUAGAAACCCAAGUAAAGGUCACAGAAGGAAGCAUGAGCAGUGAUGUUGUCUGUGGAACUGCUUCAAGACAGCAUUACUUUCAUAUACCUAUAAUAUUAUUAGCAUUAACAGUCUCUGGGCUUGUGAUCAAAGGCAGACUAACAUCAAAAAAAUAACAGUAAGUUCUCCCAGAACCGUACCACCACACAAAAGGAAGUGUACUCAUGGACAAGACGCCCAUGGUCUGACAUUGCUUGCUUGUGGCGAUUACUGUAUAGCUAACCUAAGUAAGUGAGGUUCAGAGAUGUUUUCAUGUUGUGUGCUGUAUGUUUUAACACCAAAUAAAAAAAAUAAAAAAAAAUAUUUACUAAAGUUUACAACUACCCAGGCAGCUCAGUGCUUACAAGUUAGUGUUAACAUGACCCUAAUCUAGGCUACACACAUCUUGUAAAAUCUCAUUUUAAUGUUUCGGUGUUUUUGGUUGUUGUAAUGUAUUCGUUCCCUUUGUGUAACACUUUGAAUUGCCUCCGUAUUUGAACAGUGGUAUACAAAUAAAGUUACCUUGCGUUGUCAUCAGAAGUUAAGGACAAGGGCAGACUGCAGCGCAUCAUCCACUCUGCUGAGAGGGUGAUUGGCUGCAAUCUGCCGUCUUUCCAGGACCUGUACGUCUCCAGGAAAGAUUGUAGCUGAUCCCUCUCACCCCGGACACAAACUGUUUAACCUCACGCCACAAAAACAGUUUCUUCCCCUCAGCAGUAAGCCUCACCAACAAGGCCCCUGACCCCCACUGACUCUUAACCAUCCCCAUCCCUAGUCACUACACUUUGCACUAGUCUUCAUCCUGGACUGUACAUCUGCCCAUAUAUUCUUUUGCCAAUUUUGCGUUCAACCCAUUUAACCUUUUUUUUUAGUUACAGUUAUUUUGUAUGUA